AUGAAGUUUGGGCAUCACUUGAAAACUUCUCUGUACCCAGAGUGGACGGUACAUUAUCUUGCUUAUGAGGAACUCAAGCGUGAAUUAAAGACUCGGACUCGUAAUGGUCAAUGGAGCAACGAAGACGAAGUCUCUUUUCUCGAACUUCUUGAAAAAGAGCUCGAUAAAGUUUAUGUUUUUCAGGCGUCUAUGUCUGAAGACAUAAAUAAGAGAACUCAACUUUGCGAAAAAGAAAUUAGUAAUCUAGAUAGUAAUGCAACGGAGGAUCUCUACCUUGCACUCGAGGAAGAGCUAUCAUUAAUCAUUGCUGAUAAACAAACAAAUAGGGAACUUAAAUAUAUGUAUAUGUCACGUUUGAAUGCCAAACCAUUCUAUAAGGAAAAUUAUGACGCGUUGAUUGUUAAUUUGUCGCGUCUUUAUGAUAUUGUUCGUACCCGUGGUAACCCAGUUAAAGGCAAUUCUUCUUCCGGUGGUCAACAGCAAAAUUUUGUACGCAACACUACAAAAUAUUGGGUUCAUCCGGAUAAUAUUACUGAACUCAAACUUCUCAUAUUAAAACAUCUUCCCGUCUUAGUUUUCAAUGCUAACAAACAAUUUGAACAAUCUGACUCUGCAAUCUCUUCAAUAUAUUUUGAUAACGAUGAUUUUGAACUAUAUCUCGGCAGAUUGGAAAAGACUGAAGGUGCUGAAGCCAUUCGAUUACGAUGGUAUGGCGGAAUGGAUGUAAAUGAAAUUUUUGUCGAACGUAAGACGCAUCGAGAAGAUUGGACCGGUGAAAAAUCUGUCAAAGAACGUUUUCCAAUAAAAGAAAAAUAUGUAAACAAUUAUCUUCGUGGCCAGCAUAUCAUGAAUGAAGAUUUUAAAAAAAUGCGAGAUAAAGGAAAAAGUGAUAAAGAAAUUAAUGAUUUGGAACAAUUAGCAAACGAAGUACAAUUUCGUGUUAUCACAAAAAGGUUGAAACCUGUGGUACGUUCUUUCUAUAAUAGAACUGCGUUUCAAUUGCCCGGUGAUGCUCGAGUUCGCAUAUCUCUUGACACUGAAUUGUCAAUGAUUCGCGAAGAUAACUAUGAAAACACUAUCCGUUGUGGUGACAAUUGGAGAAGAAUGGAUAUUGGCAUAGAUUAUCCAUUUUCGCAGUUACCUGACAAAGAUAUUGAGAGAUUUCCUUACGCGAUUUUGGAAGUCAAAUUACAGACUCAGUUUGGACAAGAACCACCCCAAUGGGUGCAAGAAUUAGUAGCUAGUCAUCUGGUUGAAGCAGUUCCUAAAUUUUCCAAGUUCAUUCAUGGUGUUGCGACUCUUGUGGAAGAACAUCGAAUUCAUCUUUUACCAUUUUGGCUUCCACAAAUGGGUGUGGACAUUCACAAACCACCUCGAGGUAACUACGGUCUUCAACGACCUACUAUUGAUACGUCUGAUGCGUCUGAUGAGAAUGUCGAUCCAAUGAGUUCUGGGAGCUCAGAACAUAGAGAUAUUGUUGCUGUUCAAGUAAAUGAAGAUGAGGAUGAAAUUAAUGAGGAAUCACGUUUACUUCCGGAAGAAAACCAACAAGAAUCUUCAAGAUGGUUAUGGUCAGAACCUACGAAUGCACUAGAAGAACUAGAAGAUGAGCUCGUUAUUGGACCUUCUAGAAAAGCAUUACAGGUUCCACGUUAUUAUAAGGGAAGGCGUGUUGCAGUACCUGUUCGUGUUGAACCCAAGGUAUUUUUCGCCAACGAGAGGACUUUCCUAUCUUGGUUACAUUUCGCCAUUCUUAUAAAUGGAUUUGCUGUUGGAUUGUUAAAUUUUGGUACUGAUGAC